AUGAUCAAGGAUUUGCCAACAAAGGGGGUUAUUGUCAAUUAUCCUGACACAACAUUGGAGACUGAUGCUAAAGGCAGCUUGGUUCAACAUAACUUCAAGGACAUAAAGCCUGGGAAAGAUGCAGUUAGUCAUGACAAUGCCAGCAACAUUCAUUCAGAUGACCAAAUGAAAACACAUCAUCAGUUAGAAUGCUUCACAGAAGAAGUUACAGCAUCAUCUAACAUCAGUCCCGGACUUGUACAUUCAGACACUGAGGAAGAUAAAAGCUACUCUUACAAAGGAAUCACAGACACUGUUCCAAAUGCAGGCCACAGAGAACAGUCGAAGCUUGGGAUGGUUGCUCCAGAGGAAGAGCUCGAUAUGCUUCUUAAUUCACUCGAUGGAACUCACCUUUCCAGCUCCAACUUAGACGAGUCGUUUGGAAGUGGUUCUGCUUUGGUAGGCAUGAAGAUCACCGAGUCAAAUGAGAAAGUCACGUCUAGCAGCACCGCGUCCAAAUCGCGGGCACUUUCUCCUGUUGAUGAUGAUCUAGAUGCCUUGCUUUCAGAGACAUCCUUGUCUGUCCAGAAUGAUGGUUCUGCUGCAUCAAGUUUAUCUUCUCGCCCAACUUUUGACUCCAAAAGCAACAUUGACUUCAGAUAUGCCAAGCAGAUUGAUGUAACAUCUAUCGAUGAUUCGGUGGAUGAUUUGCUUGGAGACACCCCGUUCUGCCUGAGCGACCAGAAAGAAGCUACACCUGUACAGGAGCAACAGAACAUCUCAAAUGCCGACGCGCCUCCACCUUCGGGCUCCUCAAAUGUAUCGGCUGACUUUGAUUCGUGGUUUGACUCGCUGUAG